ACAACCCCCAUCGCUUCCUUCAGACAUUGUCUCAAUCCCAACACACAAUCACAAACCCCUCCACCGCAACCACUUCUCACACUUUCUUCAUUUCUGUUACGUUUGAAUCUUAACAGAAAAACAAGAAACCGAUGGCUCCAAGGGACAGAGCGACCGCACUUAACGGACCCAAUCUCACCGCACACAACGCCAAAGAGAUCCGUUACAGAGGCGUUAGGAAACGCCCAUGGGGACGUUACGCUGCCGAGAUCCGCGACCCUGGCAAGAAGACGCGCGUCUGGCUUGGAACUUUUGAUACAGCGGAGGAGGCGGCGCGUGCCUACGACGCCGCCGCAAGGGAGUUCCGUGGCGCCAAGGCUAAGACCAAUUUUCCGACUCCGGCGGAGCUUCUUAACAACAGCAACAGCUUCGUUAACAUUAACAACAGCAACGCCGCGCGUAGCCCUAGCCAGAGUAGCACGCUCGAUUCGUCUUCCCCGCCGCCGCCGCCACCGUCGGCGCAGCCGCAGUCGCAGCCGCAGCUAGAACUCACGCUGAAGCCGUUUUCGUCCGCCUCCGCUUCCGCCGUCAUGGCGUUCCCGGCGUCGCGUCCUGUUAUGUUCUUUGACGCGUUCGCGCGUGCGGCGGAGAACGUGAGCCGCCGCGAGAUGUGUUUCAUAGGUGGCGCGUGCAGCGACUCCGACUCUUCCUCCGUGGUGGACUACGAGGGCGUGCCACGUAAGGGACUGUUGGAUCUCGACCUCAACAUCGCUCCUCCUCCUGAGGUCGCUUGAUACGGCACCGUUUUGGCGUUCUCUCUUUUUCGUUCAGAGACCAAAAUUUUCGCCAUUUUCUUAAUUUUUACUUAUUAGGUUAAAAAAAUGAAAAAAAAAAAAGACGAAACAGAAGAACCACUCUCUCAAAGUUGUUACGUGUUAAAAAGAGAGAGGGAGAUGAGUGAGUAGAAGCUAACACGAGGAUUUGGAUUUGUUGACCUUGAAGAUGAAGGCGAUGACGAUCAUAACCUUACGGUUUUUUCUUUUGUAUAUAAAAAGUCCAUAACUGAAAACCUGGCACAUGUGGCCUUUUUUUGCAACCGAGAAAUUGCUCCUUGUUUCUCAUGGUUGUUCCUGCAAGUGAUGUUAAUUAAUUUUAUAAUAUAUGGUUUUUAAUGCA